CAGGACUCGUAACACACCGCAUCACCAUGGCUCGUGGAGAGGAUCGACCCCGCGCCCAUAGCAGGUCGUCUGCCUUUCUUUCUGCAGUGUUAAGUGUAACACGAUUCUUUGGAGGAAUGGGAUUUGGAUGCUUCGCUGCAUUGAUGUCAACCCUGAAUGAAUGCUGGAAGGUGAUAUGCUGCGUACGGUCCCCCAGGGUCAACUGUAGGAUUUCUGACGAGGUUUCGUCUUUUGAGAAUCCAGGCAUUGUUCGGGUCCAACCCACUGCAAUGAAUACAACUGUAAGCGAUUCCGUCUCCAACCGGAAUAGCAUUCCUUUAUGUGAAGUACGUGUGGAAAAUCCCUCGACCAUAGGGAGUGGUCUCCCAAAUAAACCACUACGAGCCGACGCUAGGAGACUGGCUAGAAACCGAAUUAAGAUGGGAUUGAGAAGUACCAGUCACGGCAGCGACUACGAUCAUGUGUACGCUGACGUUGUCGUAAAUAAUAAUCCAAUGCCGCCUGAAGAAAAUGUUGCUGACCCUAUCCCUAAAAGAUCUAGGCCUGCUUAUCAAUGCCACAGACGUUACAACUCCAUUGCUCCUGUGACCAAGAAUAGAAGAUCAGGCAUCCCAUACGGAUUUUCCAAAACUCCAGAAUGGAUGCGCAAAUCUUCGGACCAGUACGUAUCUUCUUCUGCAACUGACCGCAAGGGAGGCGAUGUAACUUCCAGUGAAGAAGAAGGCUCCACUACAUUGGUGGGUUAAUAAUACAUAACGUAUCCAUACAUAAUGCAUGUACAAAUCCGAACAUUUCAAGGAUGUUAAAAUCAAGUGUUUUAUUUCAUUGUUAGAAUAAAUAUUGUUCAAUUGGUG